UCUCAAAUAAAAUUUCUCUCUAUAAAAGGCCAUUGCCAUUCGAAGGCAUAAAUGUUUUAUAAGUAGAGAGAAGAAAGAAGAGUGGCCUGCUUUGCAACACCUUUGAGGCCCGAAGCAAUCAAUAAUGGGAAAGGAAUCAAAGGAAGAGGCGAGAGAGGAGAAGAAAGAGGAGGAGAAGAAAGAAGAAGAGGGGCAAGAGAUAGUACUCAAGGUUGAUAUGCACUGUGAAGGAUGUGCUAGAAAGGUUGCCAAGUCUUUGAGAGGCAUUGAAGGGGUUGAGGAAAUAAAGGUAGAUAGCAAGACGAGAAUGGUGGUGGUGAAGGGAAGAAGUGCAGAUCCACUGAAAGUCUGUGAGAGAGUUCAGAAAAAGACUAGAAGGAAGGUAGAGAUUAUUUCUCCUCUCCCCAAGCCACCAGAAGAGGAGAGGAAGGAUGAGGCCAAAGCACCAUCUGAGGAAAACAAAAAUCCGAAGCCAGUUACUGUAAUUUUGAAGGUCAGGAUGCACUGUGAAGCGUGCGCCUUAGUUUUGCAGAGGAGGAUAAAGAAGAUAAAUGGUGUAGAAUCAGUGGAGACAGAUCUCACAAAUGAUCAGGUGAUGGUCAAAGGAUUUGUAGAUCCAACAAAUUUGAUUGAAAAUGUAUAUCGAAGAACAGGAAAAAAAGCUUUAAUAAUCCCAGCAGAAGAGAAGAAAGAGGAGGAUAAUAAGCCUUCAGAGGAGAAGAAAGAAGAGACAACUGAUCAGGAUGAAAAAAAGAUAAAUGCCAAAAAACUGGAAUAUGUGGCCCCAAAUUUGUUCUCGGAAUAUGCCUACACUUACCCACCUGAAAUAUUUAGUGAUGAGAAUCCAAAUGCUUGCAGUAUUGUGUAGGUGACAUACUUGUGUAUGUGCAUAAUGUUGUUAAUGUUAAUUAUUUGGAACUUUGAACUCUCUUAUCCCUUUUGUUUGUUAGUAAUAGUCUGAAAAUUGUGUUGAGGUAUGUAAGAAUAUUUUGUGUUGACACAUUAACUAAGAUAAAA